CUGUAAUUGGUCAAAAUCUUUUUUUUUUUCUUUUUUCCGCGAACAAACGACGAAUUCCCUGUAAUCUCUCUUUCUAGAACUCCAAAAGGCUGCAUCAAAUCGAAACCAGGUGGAGGAAGGGACCUUGUUUAAGUGUUGCAGCAAACCAUAGUUGAGCUAAACCUCUCUGUAAUGUUCCUAGUGGACCUCGUGUUUAGUCCUCGGUGUUGGAAACUAACUUAAUGGAUGAUAGUCUUUAUGGGAAUGUAAAGGUAUUUAAGGAUCACUUUGAAGUUUCAACACCAACUGCGGAUCGUAUUCAGAAGAAGAACUCAUCCUCUCCUCCCAUUUCGCAAUCUAAGAUUGAUAACUCUCAUUGGUCCCAGAGUCGUCCUAGUUCUAGAAGAAAGUUAAUGAAAGCUGCAUCUAUGUUAAGAUUGUUUAGUUUACCCGGUCUUCCGUGGGGAAGUGGUGGUCAGGAGAAGGUGGAACUAACUGCUGCACAAGUAGAAUCUCUUCGAACUGAAAUCGUUGAUUUAGAAGAAAAAGAAGCCCACCUGAAAGCUCAAUUGGAACAAAUUGAUGAAAUCUUGAGGUCUGCGCGCCUGGCUGGCUAUUUGUAUAUUCGAACCAGAUGGACAGCAUUACCAGGAGAGCCACCUCCGCUAGAUGAUGCUGAGGUUGAUGACUGGCUCCCUCGUUUUCUUGUUCUGCACGGUCCCUGUAUCUUCUUCUAUUUACGGUCUACAGAUUUUAGCCCACAAGAUUCCACGCUACUGUCUGAUAUUAUUGAAGUCGGUCCACUUCCAAGCUUCAUAAGAGAAGAAGACGAGCGGACAAGAUAUCCAUUUUAUAUGUUAACUCGUCAAGGACUACGUUUUGAGUGCUCCAGCCCAUCCCAAAUACAGGUGGAUGCUUGGUUGACAGCACUACGGAUCGAUUGUAAAUUGAUGCCUGAAACAACGACACAACCCCAAGACUCGAGCAAGUCAUAAUGUUAAUGCAGUUUCGCCAAGAUGUAAAUAGACUAAAUAGAUUCAAGUAGUGAUAACUUACAUUAAAAAGGUCCAUUUUCUGGACUCCGUGUUUGUUUGCAUCAGAAUCGAGUCAGAUGUCAGACCGAUUGUAUUUUAAUUUUUGUCAGAUCUGAUUCACUAUC